GGAGGGUCCUGCUGAGGGAGGUGCAGGCGCUCACCCUGCGCAGAGGUCAGUACACCACGUCUCGGCGGACAGCUGCCGUCCCUCAGUUACAGUGCACAGGAGGCACUGCUGGAUGUUCCCGUGUCCCCGAGGUUGUUCAGUGUUACAACAAAGGCUGGGAUGGCUAUGAUGUACAGUGGCAGUGCAAAGCAGACUUGGAAAAUAUCUACCGUUUUGGCCAAAUCGAAGUGAGCUGUGAAGGCUACGAUUAUCCAGAUGAUCCUUACAUCUUAAGAGGCUCCUGUAGUUUGCUGUUCAGACUAGAGCUGACUGAGGAGGGUGAAAGGAAAGUGAAGAACUCUGGAAGCUUUGGCUCUGGCUAUUACCAGUCAAGGAAGGAUUCUUCUGAUUCUGGUGCUGGAGCGAUUGUUAUAAUUGUUCUUCUGGUUCUUGCUUUUGGAGUAUACAAGCUCUUCCUCAGUAACCAGCAGCCUCCGCAGAGUUUUGGUGACAGUGAUGGAUUCACUAGACCUUCCUGGCAGAGUCAGCAGGCACCUCCUCCUCCUGGUUUUAAGUCCAGCUUCACAG